GGUCCCAGCCCAGGCUUCCGUAUGGAGACCUCUAUCUUCUAUGUGGUCUACUUUGUGGUCUUUCCCUUCUUCUUCGUCAACAUCUUUGUGGCUCUCAUCAUCAUCACCUUCCAGGAGCAGGGAGACAAGGCCAUGUCAGAGUGUAGUCUGGAGAAGAACGAGGUACACAAACACAUACACACACACACACAAACACACACACACACCUUCUAGGAGCAGGGAGACAAGGCCAUGUCAGAGUGUAGUCUGGAGAAGAACGAGGUACAAACACAUACACACACACACACACCUUCUAGGAGCAGGGAGACAAGGUCAUGUCAGAGUGUAGUCUGGAGAAGAACAAGUUAUCAAUGCAAGGCCAAGUCAUUCCUGCCUCUCCUCUGUUGAAACCGGCCCAGUGUUGGAUCUCUCAACCCUUGUCAGAGCACCUGUGGAUAAAUUAUUCAGCUGAUUUCCUUGCUAGCCUGUUUUUUUCCCUCAAACACAUCAACACAAAAGAACAGCAACACACCUGAGGCACAACCAGCCCAGUGUAGUCCAUCCAGCUCUCUCUCUAUUUCCUACAUCACAGUUUGGGACACAGAGAGUUUCAAUUACUGUGUCUCAAAUGGCACCCUAUUCCCUGGUGCAUCAUAAAGGGAAUAGGGUACCAUUUGGGACGCAGGCAGACUCUGUGUUUCAUGUCUGUAGCUCAGUUGGUAGAGCAUGGCGCUUGCAACGCCAGGAUUGUGGGUUUGUUUCCCACGGGGGGCCAGUAUGAAAAUGUAUGCACUCACUAACUGUAAAUCGCUCUGGAUAAGAGCGUCUGCUAAAUUACUAAAAUGUAAAAAUGUUAACUAUUGGCGAGUGAUCAGAGAGACUCAUUUUGCUGCCUUGUCACGGGAUAUUAAACACUUCUGGAAACUGUUGGGAUUCAUGCCAGCGCUUGUGGGACGUUAGUUUUGAUGUUUUUCAUUUGAUUGUACCUUGGUCCUUACUUGGGUUGCAAAAUUCCGGGAACUUACAAUAAAUUCCCUAGUUUUCCUGAAAUCCUGGUUGGAGGAUUCCCGGAAUUGCAGGGAAUAAGCAGAAAACCAGGAUUUCUGGAAAAGCAGGGAAUUUAUUGAAAGUUCCCAAAAUUUUGCAGCCUUAGUUCUUACUUUAUGUUUCGCUUUUUUAUGCGAAUAAUCAGUGUUUGAACAAUAUCAGAUCUGAUUAGGGAGAUGUGACUUUCACAAAGAAAAUCAUAUAAUGUUUUUUUAUGCACUUUGUUCCCUCCCUCCCUCCCUCUUUCCUGCCUCAUCCCUCUUUGUCUCCCUCCAUCCCUCUGUCCCUCUCUCCCACCUCCAACACAGAGAGCUUGUAUCGACUUUGCCAUCAACGCCAAGCCUCUGACGCGUUACAUGCCAGCAGACAAGCAGUCGUUCCAGUAUAAGAUGUGGAAGUUUGUGGUGUCGCCGCCCUUUGAGUACUCCAUCAUGACCAUGAUCGCACUCAACACUGUGGUGCUGAUGAUGAAGGUCAGUGACGUCUCCCACGCACCAGGGGCGUGAUAUUUGGUGGUUGGGAAAUCUGAUCCUAGAUCUGUUGUAAGGGAACAUUUCUACCUUGAGCGGGAUAACCUUUGGGAGAGGGUUUUGGAAUGAGUAAGCAGUAUAAUGUGGAUGGAUAAGUUAAACGUAUCCAUUGUUGAUGUACAAGCUAGUUUUAGGAGCAGCCUCUCUGUUGUUAAUGCCCUUAACUAUAUGGCUGAUCCAGUUGGCUUAUCUCCAGGUGUUGACCUGUACAGGUCUGUCAGACUGAGGGACAGUGUUUUACACACACACACACACACACACAAACAUACACACACAGCAGGUAACACACUACGCCAUGAAGGACUGAAAUCCUGUAGCGCCCGCAAGGUCCCCCUGCUCAAGAAAGCACAUAUACAGGCCCGUCUGAAGUUUGCCUUUGAACAUCUGAAUGAUUCAGAGGAGAACUGGGUGAAAGUGUUGUGGUCAGAUGAGACCAAAAGGGAGCUCUUUGGCAUCAACUCAACUCGCCGUGUUUGGAGGAGGAGGAAUGCUGCCUAUGACCCCAAGAACACCAUCCCCACCGUCACACAUGGAGGUGGAAACAUUAUGCUUUGGGGGUGUUUUUCUGCUAAGGGGACAGGACAACUUCACUGCAUCAAAGGGACUAUGGAUGGGGCCAUGUACCGUCAAAUCUUGGGUGAGAACCUCCUUCCCUCAGCCAGGGCAUUGAAAAUCGGUCGUGGAUGGGUAUUCCAGCAUGACAAUGACCCAAAACACACGGCCAAGGCAACAAAGGAGUGGCUCAAGAAGAAGCACAUUAAGGUCCUGGAGUGGCCUAGCCAGUCUCCAGACCUUAAUCCCAUAGAAAAUCUGUGGAGGGAGCUGAAGGUUCGAGUUGCCAAACGUCAGGCUCGAAACCUUAAUGACUUGGAGAAGAUCUGCAAAGAGGAGUGGGACAAAAUCCCUCCUGAGAUGUGCGCAAACCUGGUGGCCAACUACAAGAAAUGUCUGACCUCUGUGAUAGCCAACAAGGGUUUUGCCACCAAGUACUAAGUAAUGUUUUGCAUAGGGGUCAAAUACUUAUUUCCCUCAUUAAAAUGCAAAUCAAUUUAUAACAUUUUUGACAUGCGUUUUUCUGGAUUUUUGUUGUUGUUAUUCUGUCUCUCACUGUUCAAAUAAACCUACUAUUAAAAUUAUAGACUGAUCAUGUCUUUGUCAGUGGGCAAACGUACAAAAUCAACAGGGGAUCAAAUACUUUUUUCCCUCACUGUAUGUACAGUACUAUAGGUGUGUGUGUGUGCGUGUGUGUGUGUGCGUUUGCAUGUGACAGAUUGACAGAAAGAUUAAGAAAGAGGGGAAGGAUCACUUUCACAAGUAUUAUAAUGGUAUGUCUGUAGGACAUUGGAAAUGGACAUGCCCAUUAUCAUUUCACUCAUGUUCAGUGGGAGUGAAAGUUGACCUCUGAUGUCUUCCUGACCUCUGAUUUCUGCCUUCAGUUUCACGGUGCUCCGGAACUGUACGAGGCCAUGCUGAAGUACCUGAACAUAGUGUUCACAGCUCUCUUCACACUGGAGUGCAUCCUGAAGAUCAUCGCUUUUGGACCACUGGUGAGCCUCCAUUGUGCCAUACACUACUGUACAUGGUCUCUAUCUAUCCAAGCAUUUGGGAAGAUAGGGUGUAGACUACUUUUGGAAUCACUGAAGUUGUCCUUUUUGGGAAAAAUAGAUGACUCUGGUUUGAGUACCAUACAAAAACGGUGCUAUCUAGAACCUAAAAGGGUUCUUCGGCUGUCCCCAUAGAAGAACCCUUUGAAAAACCUUUGUUGGUGCCAGGUAGAACCCUUUUAGUUCCAAGUAGAAACAUUUUAUGUUCCAUGUAGAACCCUUUCCACAGAGGGUUCUACAUGGAACCCAAAAUUGUUCUACCUGGAAUCAAAAAGGGUUCUCCUAUGGGGACAGCCGAAUAACCUUUUUGGAACCCUUUGUUCUAAGAGUGCAAGAUGGGAAAGAGAGAGAAACAGAGAGGCAGAGAUAGAAAGGGGGAAGUCGGGACAGAGACUGAUAAAGAGAGAGCCUUUGUGAGAACGUUGAAAGACUUUGGGUGUUGAUGGAUGGUGAAUGUUGAGUAAAAGGGGAGGGGGAAUAGGAUGAGGGUAAGCUGGCAAGCCUUCAGCAAGCGCCACGGGGGGAGAGCUGUGUGUGUGCGUGCCUCAAGCAUGCAUGCGUGUUUGUGUGUUGGGGAUGACGCAACAGCUUCAGAUGAGGGGAUGAGGGUGGGGAGGUAAAUCAGAGGUGUGGGAGGGAUAAAUCUCCCAGGCAGCGCCGGGCCGUCUGGUCCCUCAGCGAGGCGUUUCAUCUCCAGCUUCAUCCCCACUUACCAUGCUCAUUUAUUAAAUGGCUUUUCUCACACACCGCUUACCUCCACCUGUUCAGCACUUAGUACAGACGGAUGCCCCCCCCCCCCCCCCCCCCCCCCCCCCCUCUCGCUUUCUCUCUCUCUUUCUCCCUUUCUUUCUCUCUCUCUCUCUCUCCGGGAGCCUCUUCCAUUCUAAUCGCUGUGUUUCCCAGGCUCACUGCCAUGCCACCUGACAGAUUAGGAGGUCUGUGCCACUGUUUGGAAGACUAUUUCGAAUCUCUAAGCAUCUGAGUGUGUGGGGAGGGAUGGGUGUGGUGUCUGCACCUUACAUAGGUUGGGCAUGAGUAAUCGAGUACUUGAGUACUGGAACUGACAUCAAAACUAGAUCUUUAACCAGAUAUCCUUUUUUUUCAAAUACUGUAAAACUAUUUGGUCGAAAUGUUAUCUUGAAGACAGCAUUCAUUUCAUUUGACUGUUUCAUUUGAACUUGUGCAUUUGCGGGACACAACAAAACAUAAACCAAGCCAAGCAACACAGUUUGCUCCCUAAAUUCCCUUUCCCCUCCAUGUCUCACUCACUCAAUUGCGUUCUGAUCGCUCCCUACAGAAAUAAAUGCCUAUAAAAACAUAUCUAACUGAUGGGAUAUACAAGCCACAUUCCUUGCCAAAUGAAGACCGUUUUAUCACAAAUUCUAAAUGGACUGGUUGACUGAAGUAGGGAAAUACAGUAUGUGUUCCAACAAUGAGCUUCAGUUUUGGAAUAAUUGUAUAAUUUUCCGUUUAUGGGCUACUUUGCGGUUGUCACUAGUUACCACAGCCACAAAGUAAAAAUGGUCUAUAUCGUAAAAAUUCAUGAAAACAAAAAUUCACUUUUUGUUCUUAAUUCAAUGUUAGGCAUAAGGUUAACAGUGUGGUUAGGGUUAAGUUUAAAAUCAGAUUUUAAAAACCGAAAUUGUAGACACAAUCAUGGUUUAUGACUCUUUGGCUGUGGUAACUAACGUUAGUGACGACCCUACUUUGCGAACUGCUAGUGACAUUUAGAAUUGGUUAGCCUAGGCUAUUACCCCCCUAAAAAUAAACACGUUCCACGAUGAAAAUAUGCAAAAACAUUAGAUUGAUAUAGACAAAGAGCGUAUUUUCAUCAGAAUCAUUAAGCCUAGGCCUAUUCACCAAACAGAUGUUCUGGCAAUAAUUCAUCCCCAUGCAGUGUUCGAUGUAGAAUUGCAACCCAGUAUCACAGAUUAUACGUGAAAUAAACACGAAAUACUUCUUGGAAAUUUGUGACAGGCACAUGAAAAAGUUUUUUUUUUUUAUACAGUCCAUUUCAAUCACAGAUAAAGACAGUAGGUUACUUAAGACAGAAACAAUAGGUGGUCGGGGAGGAUGGGUGGGCAUAUAACGCGAACGACUUACUUGUCUGCUAAAUUAACAAAACCAGGCUAUGCCAUUGCACAGCCAUAGGUAUCUACAAGCAAGCACCACACUGCUGAGGUUAUUACCUUUUUGAAGAUUGUGUUCCACGAUAUACACUGAACAAAAAUAUAAAUGCAACAUGUAACAAUUUCAAAGAUUUUACUGAGUUACAGUUCAUAUAAGGAAAUCAGUCAAUUGAAAUUAUGCCCUAAUCUAUGGAUUUCACAUGACUGGGAAAACAGAUAUGCUUCUGUUGAUCACAGAUACAGUACCUUAAAAAUAUAUAUAGGGGCAUGGAUCAGAAAACCAGUCAGUAUCUGUUGUGUCCACCAUUUGCCUCAUGCAGUGUGACACAUAUCCGUCGCAUAGAGUUGAUCAGGCUCUUGAUUGUGGCCUGUGGAAUGUUGUCCCAAUCCUCUUCAAUGGCUGUGUGAAGUUGCUGGAUAUUGUCGGGAAUUGGAACACGCUGUCGUACACGUCGAUCCAGAGCAUCCCAAACAUGCUCAAUGGGUGACAUGUCUGGUGAGUAUGCAGGGCAUGGAAGAACUGGGAAAUGUUCAGCUUCCAGGAAUUGUGUACAGAUCCUUGAGACAUGGGGCCGAGCAUUAUCAUACUGAAACAUGAUGUGAUGGCGGCAGAUGAAUGGCACGACAAUGUGCCUCAGGAUCUCAUCACGGUAUCUCUGUGCAUUCAAAUUGCCACGAUAAAAUGCAGUUUUGUUCGUUGUCUGUAGCUUUAUGCCUGCCCAUACCAUAACCCCACUGCCACCAUGGGGCAGUGGUUCACAACGUUGACAUCAGCAAACUGCUCGCCCACACGAUGCCAUUCACGCUGUCUGCCAUCUGCCUGGUACAGUUGAAACCGGGAUUCAUCCGUGAAGAGCGCACGUCUCCAGCGUGUCAGUGACCAUCAAAGGUGUGCAUUUGCCCACUAAAGUCGGUUAUGACGCCGAACUGCAGUCAGGUCGAGACCCUGGUGAGGACGACGAGCACGCAGAUGAGCUUCCCAGAGACGGUUUCUGACAGUUUGUGCAGAAAUUUUUCGGUUGUGCAAACCCACAAUUUCAUCAGCUGUCCGGGUGGCUGGUCUCAGACGAUCCCACAGGUGGAGAAACCGGAUGUUGAGGUCCUGGGCUGGCAUGGUUAAACGUGGUCUGCGGUUCUGAGGCCGGUUGGACGUACUGCCAAAUUUUCUAAAACGACAUUGGAGGCAGUUUAUGGUAGAGAAAUGUACAUUACAUUCAAAAUGAACAUUACAUUCUCUGGCAAGAGCUCUGUUGGGCGUUCCUGCAGUCUGAAUGCCAAUUGCAUGCUCCCUCAAAACUUGAGACAUCUGUGACAUUGUGUUGUGUGACAAAACUGCACAUUUUAGAGUGGCCUUUUUAUUGUCCACAGCACAAGGUGCACCUGUGUAAUGAUCAUGCUGUUUAAUCACCUUCUUGAUAUGUCACACCUGUCACGUGGAUGAAUUAUCUUGACAAAGUAGAAAUGCUCACUAACAGGGAUGUAAACAAAUUUGUGCACACCAUUUUAGGGAAAUAAGGUUUUUGUGCGUAUGGAACAUUUCUGAGAUCUUAUAUUUCAGCUCAUGAAACAUGGGACCAACACUUUAAAUGUUGCGUUUAUAUUUUUAUUCAGUGUAAUAUAACCAGUUGAUACAGUUUGAAUAAAUGAAUCAUAAAUGGCACUUGCAAUUAGGACUUGUUAUCUGUAAAGGUUAUGAUAAAUUCGGCAUUGUUGCUCAUUGUUGGCAUAUAGAUAAAUGCACACAUAUUUUUUUUCAGUGCCACCCUUGUUCUAAAAAUAGCUUUUUUAAUUAUUGGAGUACUUGAGUACUCGAAAAAUAAUCAUACGAGUACUUGAACAGACAAAAAAGGCCAACUGCCCAUCCCUAGUCUGUAAGACAGUGUGGGAAUGUAAGCUGUUUGUGUGUGUCGUGGAGUCAGUGACACACUGUAGGCUAUAGAUGGAUGGCCCUUUAAUAAAACUCAAACCAACUCAUUAAAAGCUGCCUCAUUUGAGGAGCUUAGAAGACAUGUUCUGUAGAGAGUGGCCUGAGAGAAAAGCAUUUGAAGAGCAAGGGUGUGGUACUAAUUACAGUAAAACAUCUGUAUCCUUCUCUCUCUCUCUCUCUCUCUUCUCUCUCUUCCUCUCUCUUCCCCUGUUUGCAGAAUUACCUGAAGGCAGCCUGGAACGUGUUUGACUUUGUGACAGUAUUGGGGAGUAUCACAGACAUCUUGGUCACAGAGAUUAAGGUAAACACUGCUACCAUGUCCCUAUACAGUAUCUUACUUCAUGUAAGAGCUACUACAGUACCAUGUGCCCAUUCAACUUCUUAUAUGUAAAGACAUCAGCCAAAAGGGAUUCUCCUAUAUGCUGUCCUGCCUGUAUGCCUUCACUCAUAAUAACUUUACUCCUUGAAGGAGAAUGUUUUCAAUGGAAAGUAAUUUCACAAGGUUUAACCCAGUUACAGCACUCGUGGUGAGGUAUUCAGUGGAAGCCAGCAGCAGAUCCUCCUAGAAAGCUGCUGGGGAUAGCUGAGAGCUGCCUGCCGGGACUGAGUAUUCAGUGUAUCCUGCUGGAUGGAUUAGUAUGGAGCUGGGGGACAGACAGAAGUGGCAGGCAGAGUUUGAAAUGGGGAUCAGGAAAAGCCUCUGUGCAGAUUGCAGCACAGUAGCACUAAAGUGGAUUGGAGUAGUCCGUUUACUGUUUAACGCUCUUUGUGGAAGAAGUCUCUUUUUUGUGGGAUUUCUCUCCAUGUGACUGUCAGUCUUUUUCUUCUCUCUCUCUCUGGUUUUUCUCUCUCUUUCUCUCACUGUGUUUCCAUCUUCUGCUAUGUCUUUGCUGGCGCCUGACCUGUGCCAUCACUCUGCCAACCUCUGCCCCCUCUCUGACACUAUGGGUCGCUCUAGACGGUAAGUGACUUUCCUUGUUCCCGCUGCUUUUGACUAUUCCUUUGGUGACCAGUCUAUCUUUUGGUCUUGGUCCUAACUUUUUCCUGAAUACAUUUAUGUUAUGUGGUGCAAUAGUUCUUAAAUUACUUGAAGCAGUUACAUAAAUGGAUAGGGAGACACCCUUCACUUCACUGAAAUUGGAUCUGCUUCACUGAUCCCCCUUGCUAACCACAGCCAUUCUUAGUGUAACCUAGAUCUAUUCCAGGACCAGUUUGAAUGAACAGUUUGUGUCUCCUCCUGCAGGACAAGCUGAUCAACCUGAGUUUCCUAAGGCUGUUCAGGGCGGCCAGGCUCAUCAAGCUAUUGAGGCAGGGCUAUACCAUCCGCAUCUUGCUAUGGACCUUUGUCCAGUCUUUCAAGGUGAGUCACUGACCCCUGACCUCUUACCUUUCACCCUUUGGUUUGUCCUUAGAGUUGAGAAUUACAUGGUAUUCAUCUGAUCAAUUGUAGUGAUUUGAAUGAAUGUUAGGCCUAUUCAUUAUGUUGCUAUAACCAUAAGCAUAUCGAACUGUAAGGGGAAAUAAGGAAAUACAAUAAGGAAUUUUUUUUGGUUGCUUUCAUUUAAUGGGUCUUUGGAGUGAUAUUUAUGUUUAUUUGGAGUCUUAAAGAAGUUUGUUCUAUGGAGCCUCCCAUAAAAGUUUUGUCAUACAGAAAACAAGGGCAUUGCCAGCAGUAGUUAAUCUGAUAGCAGGUUAAAUGUGUGGUGAUGAGAGCUUUUAAGCCCCUAUGAAAAUGGAUAGUUGCUGCAGUGUUAAAAGGUGUGUCUCUAAUUGCGAUGAAUGUUUUCCCCUCCCUUGUCUGGGAUAUAAAUAUGUGAUUAAGGAAAUCAACUCUGCGGCUAAAGUUGGCUGCUCUGUUCGUUCCAUAAAUAAGACUAUUAAACCUCACUGGGAUUUUAAUUUAUCUUGUGUGUGUUUUCUAUUUCCAGGCCCUACCUUACGUCUGCCUCCUCAUCGCUAUGCUCUUCUUCAUCUAUGCCAUCAUCGGCAUGCAGGUGAGUAAUAACAUACACACACACGGACACGCACACUCCUCUUUAACAGAUGGAUCCAACCUUUAGAGUUGAUUGCUCAUUUAAAAGGAAGCAAUGGUGAUAGCCAAAUUGUAAAAUUGCUGAAUUGUAUGCACAAUGAGGGUACGUUCCAUCCACUAUAUUAGCAUUGCAUUGUAAAUCAAUGGUAAUUGUGUCUUCUGGUAAAAGAGCCGUCGUUUAAUCAGCGAUGCUGUUUAAUGACUGUGGUGCCCCAGAGGGCUGGAUCAGGACACCAACCCCCCCCAUAAUGAGUGACAAACUUCACUUCCCAAUUAAACAGGGAACCAACAGAAGCUUAUCUGGCUCUUUGUUAUCAUCAGGACUAACUGUGCAUCCCAAAUGGCACACUACAUACCAAAUGGGUCCUGGUCAAAAGUAGUGCACUAUAGAGGGAAUAUCAAAAGUAGUGCACUAUAUUGGGAAUAGGGUGCCAUUUGGGAGGUACCUUAUAAGUGUAGACUUGGGUAGAAUAGAAGGCAUCAUCAUGUCGUUGGAUUCUCAUGUUAUUAGAUUAUCAACAUCUCUAGAUAGCUAUACAACAUAAUCACUAUGCCUUCUAUGCUUCACCCCCGCCCACACACACACACACACACACACACACACACACACACACAGCCCCUGGCACGAUUUGAGAAAAAGACUGAUUCCUGGCAAAAGUGGCUAAUGUGUUUUUCGGAGAUAACAUUACAUCAUAUCGAAUCCUGCAAAUGCUGAUACAUUCAGCUCUAGCUCUUCCUUAUACAAAUCACAUGCCCAUUGCUUAUUCACACAUACAGUACGUGUGUCUCAAAUGGCCCCCUAUUCUCUACAUAGUGCACUACUUCUUACCAGGACCCAUAAAACUCUGGUUAAAAUUCAUGCACUAUAUAGGGAAAAGGGGGCCAUUUGGGACGAAACCAUAGAUAGCAUACAGGGAAUCCCUCUAACUGCUAUGCUGGCGCUUUCUGCUUCCUUCAGGUGUUUGGAAACAUUGAGCUGAAUGAGGAAUCGGCCAUCAACCACCACAACAACUUCCAGACAUUCUUUCAGGCUCUGAUGCUUUUGUUCAGGUGACCAAGCCUCCACCACGUUCUCCAUAUUCUUCCUAUUCUAUUAGACGUUUUCUCACAUAUCGGUCUGUUCUUUAUAUUGCAAUGUAAUGUAGUAAAAUAGCCAUGUAGUUCCUUCUGCCCAUGGUGGUGUUUGUGAUGGAUUUACUGUACAGUUUCCAAUGAUGGAUAUACAGUGCUUACAUUGCAUGUGUUUGUUUGUGUGUGUGUGUCUGUGUCCGUGUGUGUGUGUCGCAGGAGUGCAACAGGCGAGGCGUGGCAUGAGAUCAUGCUGUCGUGUCUGAGUAACCGUCCGUGUGAUAAACUGUCAGGGUCUGGAGGGAAGGAGUGCGGCAGUGACUUUGCUUAUUUCUACUUUGUCUCCUUCAUCUUCCUCUGCUCCUUCCUGGUCAGUAUGGGCCAUCACAAAUGAAUUACCAUUCAUAAUGACCAAUGAAUUACCAAUGAUCAGCAAUGAAUAACCAUUCAGUAUACAGACCCAUGCAUUAUCUACUCACAUAUGCAUACACAUUACCUGCACAGUACUCACAGACACUCUCUUACUCGGAUGAAAUGGUCCAAUUAUUAUUGGUCAGUCCCUUUUUGUUGGCAAUUUGAGUCCUCUCUGAUACAAUGUUGUUGACCACAACUUGACCACAACUCUUACCUCCCACCUCUCUACCUCCCUAUUUCUCCCUCCAGAUGCUCAACCUUUUUGUGGCGGUCAUCAUGGACAACUUUGAGUACCUAACCAGAGACGCUUCCAUCCUGGGGCCUCACCACCUGGACGAAUUUAUCCGCGUCUGGGCUGAGUACGACCCUGCUGCCUGGUACGUAUCAUUAAUCCUCCUACAGGUGAAAUUGUUUUCCCUUUGUCAAGACAGCAUCAGUUUCAGGUUCAGUAGUGAAGAGGUGAAGGGAGGAGAUGAGGGGUGGAAGUGGUGGUGGUAGUCAAGGGUAUAGUAAAUAGACGUUGGCACGACAAAGAUGGCUCUAAGUUCCAGUGGGAUGACUGUGACGUUUGACGACGUUUGACGGUCAGGGAGGGCGCGUCUGAGUGACGUUAAGAUGGGCCCUGGAGUGCCGACUAGGGCCCCACAGGCAGACUGAUGCAUGUAAAUCCAUGGUUCCACUCCGCUCAACUCCGUUCACCAUCCGCAAGGCUCCCCUCACUAAGCUGGCGGCUCUAAAGCUCCUCUCUGUCUGUCAUUGUGGAGGGGGAAGAAACUAUUUAAAUCACACAGUCACAGCUUUAUCUAGCUCCACUGCUUUCCAAAGUCUUCACCAGACACUAUUGAGAAAUACUGAAACUCUAAGAGCAAAAAUAAAAAGUUUGGCUGAGAUGCAUCAGGAUGAGAUGUCCCAAAUGCCACCCUAUUCCCGAUGGGCCCUAGUCAAAAGUAUUGCAUUUACAUUUUACGUCAUUUAGCAGACACUCUUAUCCAGAGCGACUUACAAUUAGUGAGUACAUACAUUAAUUUUUUCAUACUAGCCCCCCGUGGGAAUCGAACCCACAACCCUGGCGUUGCAAACGCCUUGCUCUACCAACUAAGCUACAUCCCUGCCGGCCAUUCCCUCCCCUACCCUGGACCAAUUGUGCACCACCCCAUGGGUCUCCCGGUCGCAGCCAGCUACAACAGAGCCUGGAUUCGAACCAGGAUCUCUAGUGGCACAGCUAGCACUGCGAUGCAGUGCCUUAGACCACUGCGCCACUCGGGAGGUAUUGCACUAUAUAGGGUGCCAUUUGGGUCAUAGAUCCAGACUGUGUUGCUCAGUCUCAUCACCUGUAGCCCUCUGAUGUUAGAGACAGCCAUUGAGGGGGAGGAAUCAUGAUUUAGGCUACGUCCCAAACACAAGAGGUUGGUGGCACCUUAAUUGGGGAGAACAGGCUCGUGGUAAUGGCUGGAGUGGAAUCAGUGGAAUGGUAUCAAAUACUCCAAACACAUGGUUUCCAUGUGUUUAAUGCCAUUCCAUUCGCUCAAUUCCAGCCAUUAUUAUGAGCCGUCCUUCCCUCAGCAGCCUCCACUGGUCCCAAAUGGCACCCUAUUCCCUUCAUGUUGACCAGAGUCAAAAGUAGGGUUCAAUUUGGGACGCAGACUUAAAACCUCCCAGUAACCAUGUAGUCAUAUAUGACUAUAGAUAGGUAAGAUUGUUAUUUAUACACUGAGUAUACAAAACAUUAGGAACUCUUUACAUGACAUAGACUGACUAGGUGAAUCAAGGUGAAAGCUAUGAUCCCUUAUUGAUGUCACUUGUUAAAUCCACUUCAAUCAGUGUGUAUGAAGGGGAGGAGACAGGUUAAAUGCAUAUUUUUAAGCCUUGAGUCAAUUGAGACAUAGAUUGUGUAUGUGUUCCAUUCAGAGGGUGUCAAAAUAUUUAAGUGCCUUUGAACAGGGUAUGGUAGUAGGUGCCAGGCGCAACGGUUUGAGUGUGUCAAGAACUGCAACGCUGCUGGGUUUUUCACACUCAACAGUUUCCCGUGUGUAUCAAGAAUAGUCCACCACCCAAAACACAUUCAGCCAACUUGACACAACUGUGGGAAGCAUUGGAGUCAACAUGGGCCAGCAUCCCUGUGGAAUGCUUUAGACACCUUGUAGAGUCCAUGCCCCAAAGAAUUUAGGCUGUUCUGAGGGCAAAAUGGGGUGCAACUCAGUAUUAGGAAGGUACUUCCCACAGUUGUGUCUAGUUGGCUUGAUGUCUUUUGGUGGUGGAUCAUUCUUGAUACACACUAGAGUGUGAAAAACCCAGCAGAAGGUAUUCCUACUGUUUUGUAUAUUCAGUUGAAGUCGGAAGUUUACAUACACCUUAGUCAAAAACAUUUAAACUCAGUUUUUCACAAUUCCUUAGGUCAGUUAGGAUCACCACUUUAUUUUAAGAAUGUGAAAUGUCAGAAUAAUAGUAGAGAGAAUUAUUUCUUUCAGCUUUUAUUUCUUUCAUCACAUUCCCAGUGGGUCAGAAGUUUACAUACACUCAAUUAGUAUUUGGUAGCAAUGCCUUUAAAUUGUUUAACUUGGGUGAAACGUUUCGGGUAGCCUUCCACAAGCUUCCCACAAUAAGUUGGGUGAAUUUUGGCCCAUUUCUCCUGACAGAGCUCGUGUAACUGAGUCAGGUUUGUAGGCCUCCUUGCUCGCACGUGCUUUUUCAGUUCUGCCCACAAGUUUUCUAUAGGAUUGAGGUCAGGGCUUUGUGAUGGCCACUCCAAUACCUUGACUUUGUUGUCCUUAAGCCAUUUUGCCACACCUGCUUGGGGUCAUUGUCCAUUUGGAAGACCCAUUUGCGACCAAGCUUUAACUUAAUAAUAUGCCAUUUAGCAGACGCUUUUAUCCAAAGCGACUUACAGUGAUGCGUGCAUACAUUUUUGUGUAUGGGUGGUCCCGGGGAUCGAACCCACUACCCUGGUGUUACAAGCGCCGUGCUCUACCAGCUGAGCUACAGAGGACCAACUUUCUGACUGAUGUCUUGAGAUGUUGCUUGAGAUGUUGCUUCAAUAUAUCCACAUACUUUUCCUUCCUCAUGAUGCCAUCUAUUUUGUGAAGUGCACCAGUCCCUCCUGCAGCAAAGUACCCCCACAGCAUGAUGCUGACACCCCCGUGCUUCACGGUUGGGAUGGUGUUCUUCAGCUUGCAAGCGACCCCCUUUUUCCUCCAAACAUAACGAUGGUCAUUAUGGCCAAACAGUUCUAUUUUUGUUUCAUCAGACCAGAGGACAUUUCUCCAAAAAGUACGUUCUUUGUCCCCAUGUGCAGUUGCAAACCGUAGUCUGGCUUUUUUAAUGGCGUUUUUGGAGCAGUGGCUUCUUCCUUGCUGAGCGGCCAUUCAGGUUAUGUCGAUAUAGGACUCGUUUUACUGUGGAUAUAGAUACUUUUGUACCUGUUUCCUCCAGCAUCUUCACAAGGUCCUUUGCUGUUGUUCUGGGAUUGAUUUUCACUUUUCGCACCAAAGUACGUUCAUCUCUAGGAGACAGAACGCGUCUCCUUCCUGAGAGGUAUGACGGCUGCAUGGUCCCAUGGUGUUUAUACUUGCGUACUAUUGUUUGUACAGAUGUACGUGGUACCUUCAGGCGUUUGGAAAUUGCUCCCAAGGAUGAACCAGAGGUGUGGAGGUGUACAAAUUUUUUUCUGAGGUCUUGGCUGAUUUCUUUUAUUUUCCCAUGAUGUCAAGCAAAGAGGCACUGAGUUUGAAGGUAGGCCUUGAAAUACAUCCACAGGUACACCUCCAAUUAACUCAAAUGAUGUCAAUUAGCCUAUCAGAAGUUUCUAAAGCCAUGACAUCAUUUUCUGGAAUUUUCUAAGCUGUUUAAAGGCACAGUCAACUUAGUGUAUGUAAACUUCUGACCCACUGGAAUUGUGAUAUAGUGAAUUAUAAGUGAAGUUAUCUGUCUGUAAACAAUUGUUGGAAAAAUUACUUGUGUCAUGCACAAAGUAGAUGUCCUAACCGACAUGCCAAAACUAUAGUUUGUUAACAAGAAAUUUGCGGAGUGGUUGAAAAACGAGUUUUAAUGACUCCAACCUAAGUGUAUGUAAACUUCCGACUUCAAAUGUAUGCACUAUAUCUACAGGUGUGCUUUAUUAAAUGACCAUGAAUGCAUGCAAUGGAGGAUAUAAUGUAAUAGGAGCAGAAAUGGUUGUGUUUGUGUUCUAACCUCUUUUAACCUGUGUAUUUUACAGCGGAAGGAUAUGCUAUCAGGAUAUGUACAAAUUGUUGCGUUUUAUCUCGCCUCCUCUCGGCUUAGGGAAGAAGUGCCCUAAUAGGGUGGCCUACAAGGUUUGCAACCCCACACACCCCUUAAUCAUAAUGGGAUGUGGUGGAAGUGGAAAAUGAGUGACUGUGAAUGACUCCUAGUGCCAGAGAUUCCACCACACACACACAAGCAUUCACCUUCCAUACUAACCGGCCGGUGGGUAACCAUGGCAACUAAGGAAAACAAUGCCACAAUGUAGGUCUCAUUACAAUAUACUGGCCAGGCUUCACCAUCAAGCUCUUUUUUCACCAUACUGAAUAUAGCACAGUAUGCUGUAUGCAGCAUGCCUAUAUGGUUGUCUCGAAGUUGGCCCGAGAGACUGUUUGAACCACUGCACACACAGAGUAAAGUAAAGGUUAUGAGCAUUGUGUGCUUUGUUUCCAAUGUUCAAUUUGGUUACCGCUGAUGUCUCGUAGCAUGCAGAAACAGAUGACAUCUAAACAGUGACGCCACAACCUCCCCCUGACAUACUCUAUAUAUACUGUACAUGUCUCAAUCAAACGUCAUGAUCCUGCCAUCCCGACAUCUCUCCUCAGGGAGUUCCCGGAAAACACCCCACCCUCCUCCUGUCCAAUCCUGGGAUCCAUCCCUGUUUUAGGCAGGACAGGGAUGAGAUCCCGCCCUGGAAUCCACUGCCCUGGAACCACUGCACUGGAAAUCUAAAAUAACACAGAUUUCUGUUUUUGUCAUUUUCUCUUCUGUUUUACCAUCUUCUUUUGGUCAUUUCUAACUCCCUCCUCCUCCUUCAACCUUAUCUGGAUACCUCCAUCCCUCUCUCUGACCUCUGUGGUCUCCUGUGACAUCUUCCCCUGUGAAGUGGCCGUAUGACCUACCUUGAUAUGUAUGAGAUGCUCCGCCACAUGUCCCCUCCACUAGGUUUGGGAAAGAAAUGCCCGCCCAGAAUCGCCUACAAGGUAGACCCUUUCCCUCUCUUCUCCCUUCCUCCCCCAGCAAUCUUCCUCUCACCUCUGCCUCUCACUCCCACCUGUCCUGUAUCUCCCGGCUUCUGUCAGACUGUCACAGCCACUUCCUGCUGGGCUCUUGUUUUGUCCUCGUUGUUGCUCUUUCUGUCUGUUUGUGACGUUCUCUUCUGCCUUCUGCCCCCUCACAGCUUUUGGCGUUUAGUGUGCUCACUUCUCUGUCUGGCCAUUUAGACUUGUUUUGUUUUUAGACUAUGUUUUCAUUAUGUUAAACUAAGAAGAAAUUAAGACGGACAGUUGACACAAGCCACACUAUUACCAUGAAGUUAGCUAGAAACUCGUCGCAGGUUUUGAAAAAUCACUGAUUUUACUUUGAUGUCAUCAUCUGACACAUUCUUAGGACCUUUUCUUCUUAUUGUUUUAACCAAACAUGCCAUUGUCACAUAAUUAGAGUCAUAUGGUAGAGUAAUAUACCUUUCCCCUCUUCUCCAUUCUAUACUCUAUGGGCUGUGCUGUGUUGAGCGGCAGUAUUUAGAGAGCUUGUAUUGUGGACCAAGGUAAAUCUGGUUCAGCCCUCAGGUACACUCUGUGUGUGGCAUUUACCUCUGAGUGUGGUACUUACUAUGAGUGGCUCCAGCGUGUACACAACUGUCUAGAUGAAUCAUGGUUAAGACAGCCCUAGCCGUGCCCUGGAUAAAAACGUCUGCCAAGCGACUAGUUGGAUCUGACGUGUGUGGGGUCUCCAAAUAUAACUCCUGCUUUAGAGAGAUUAAUGUACAGGGAGAAAUGAGAGAGAGACGCGAUGCACUAGAGCGAAGCUUUUUUUCCCUCUUUUUUACUUUCUUAUUUUCUUUCAUUUUUCUUUCUUCUUUGCUGUUCUGGAAAAUGCAUUUCGCUCAACUCCCUCCUUAAUGAAUGCAGUGGUUCCUGUGUGUCUCUGUCCCUCUGUCAAACUCUGUUUAUAACUCCUUUGUUGUCCCUCUGUCAAGGCCUGCGUCUUGUUGUGUUGGUAUGUACGGCAGGACCAAAUCGGUGAGAUAAGUAGAACUAGUCUAUGUAAUGCUUUGUAGGUUAACAGUAAAACCUUAAAAUCCGCUCUAGCCUUAACAGGAAUCACGUGUAGAAAGGCUAUGGCUGGAGUAAUAUGAUCAAACUUUUGGGUUCUUGUCAAGAUUCUAGCAGACGUAUUUAGCACUAGCAGAAGUUUAUUUAGCGCCUAAUCCGGGUAUCCGGAGAGUAGAGCAUUGCAGUAGUCUAAUCUAGAAGUGACAAAAGCAUGGAUUAGCUUUUCUGCAUCAUUUUUGGACAAAACGUUUCAGAUUUUUUCAAUGUUACAAAGCUUGAAAUAUUUGUAUAUGUUCAUCAAAAGAGAGAUCAGGGUCCAGAGAAACGCUGAGGUCCUUCACAGUUUUAUUUGAGACGACUGUACAACCAUCAACAUUCAUUGUCAGAACCGACAGCAGAUCUCUGUUUCUUGGGACCUACAACUAGCAUCUCUGUUUUGUCCGAAUUUAAAAGUAAAACAUUUGCCACCAUCCACAUCCUUAUGUCUGAAACACAGCCUUCCAGGGUAGGUAGUUUUGGGGCUUCACCAUGUUUCAUUGAAAUGUACACCUGUGUGUCGUCUGCAUAGCAGUGAAAAAUGACAUUGUAUUUCCAAAUGACAUCACCAAGAGGUAGCAUAUAAAGUGAGAACAAUAGUGGUCCUAGAACAGAACCUUGAAGAACACCGAAACAUACCAUUGAUUUAUCAUCGGACAUACUAUCCACAAGACGAACUGCGAGUCUAAUAUUGUGAGUAAUGGAGUCGCGAGGGUUUUAAAUUUGUCGCCGCUAAUGGUGGGAGGCUUCGGUGGCUCAGACCCCGUAACGGGUGGUGGAGAGAUCUGAGAAGGCUCAGGCUCUGACUCCGACUCGUUUCUUAGUGGGGAAAACCGGUUGACAGUUUCUAUCGGCUGAAUGAGCGACACCGGUUGAGCAUACAAACAGCAUUUCUUUCCAGAAGCCGUGAGAACAUUUUCCGGCUGAGGGGACUGAGCAGAGGGUUAACACUACUACCUGUACUUACUGGUAGCACAGACCCUUUCCUACACUUAAAAUUGCCCUUGCUUACAAUUUUGGCUGAAGCCGGGCUUGCAACUUGGCUAUCCUCACAAUAAGGAGAUAGCUCUCCUCCAUAUUAUGAGUACAGCAACUGCAAUGAGAAGGCAUACUGUUAGUUCUCUUCGGCUGGUGGAGAUCCUGCAGAUCAUUGUCCAUAUAAAGCGUCCGGGGUGAAAAAGUUGAAUUAAAAAGUUGAGUGAAGACAAAACUAAGGCGUUAAAUACAGAGUUUGAUUAAACGGUUAUUAAAAGUAAAAAGCUAAACGUUUGGCAGGUAGCCAAGUACCAACAAACAGCACAGCAUCAUGGAGACAACACGGAGACAACUCUGUCACCCUCUGUUUAUAACUCCUCUGUUGUCCCUCUGUCACCCUCUGUUUAUAACUCCUCUGUUGUCCCUCUGUCACCCUCUGUUUAUGAGUCCCUGCUAAAUUACCUUUCUUGUCCUCCGUGUGGGGAUUUUUCGUUCCUCUUAUCUGCUUAACUCCACUGUGUGUGUGUGUGUGUGUUUGUGUGUGUGUGUGAGUGUGUGCGUGCGUAUGUUUUUGACAGAAUGUGUACAUACAGUAUUUGUAUGUUUGUGUGAUGGCCUCACGUGUCUGUGGUUUUUCUUUCGACCUAGUGGGCCCUACAUGACAUGUCAGACCCUGCAUGCAUAGGUGGAGUCCCAUCUCUCUCUCUCUCUCUCUCUCUCUCUCUCUCUCUCUCUCUCUCUCUCUCUCUCUCUCUCUCUCUCUCUCUCUCUCUCUCUCUCUCUCUCUCUCUCUCUCUCUCUCUCUCUCUCUCUCUCUCUCUCUCUCUCUCCCCCCCCCCUUUCUCUUAUUCCGCCUCUCCUCCUCUCCUCCUGUAUUGUAAUAGCUCCUGCAUGGAAGUACGCUCUCUUGAGCUCAAGGGAGGCUUGCUUGCACACACACGCACACACAUAUACACACACACACACACAUGCCUCAUCUGCGAUUCCCCUCCACUUGGCUUGAAGACAAUAGGAUCCAUCCGUCCCAGUCUUCCCCUCUGUGAAGUAUGCAUGAUUCUCAUCCUUCCUCCCCAUUAGCCCUUCAUGGAGCUCUACAUGCAUGUAUGUCACUACGACUGAGUCUCAAAUGACACCCUAUUCCCUAUUUAAUGCACUAUUUAUGGAAUAGGGUGUCAUUUGCGAUGGAGGUUAUCACUCUGCUCUGCUAGCCGCCUAACAAUGAAAAGAGGCUAGGAGGAGGAGUGUGUCCCGAUAACACAGAUAUGGCUUCAUUCGUUCAUCCUUUCAUAGCAGCACUAAAACAUACUCCUCCAGGGCCUUGGAAGCAUGUUGACGUGAACUGUUUCUAUCAUUACGUAAUGCAGAAAAAUGCUAACUCUUCAUCCACACCACUCAUGGUUUCUAGUAAAUCGGUACUACGUCCCUUUUCUGUCACUUGUCAUUUUUCACUCUGAGUGAAACUCACAUUCAGUUGAUUUGUAAUAUAUGUCACUCUCAAUGUCCAUCUCAGACUUUGACCCAUAGUCUGACUUUCUCAUUACCAUUUGCAUGGAGUGUUGCUCUGAACGUUCUCUCUCCUCUCUCGGAUGUCUUGUGUUGUGUUGUUAUUCUGCUGGGAAAGCUCUUCUGUGUGCUGGACUGAAACUAAUCCAAGCCACUGGCUGUCAGAAGUCCACAUCACUCUCACUGUAUGUACGGUGUCCAUAUUAGGACAGUCUCAGUCUCUGCAGGACUUGUCAGUCUCAAUUCCAUCAGUUAACAUGGAACUAUUCUACAGCCAGCACACAGAACCUGCCCAAAGAGCUAUUGAUUGUAACAGGUGCUAACAUUGGUGUUCUAAUGGGCCCUCACCAUGGUUUCUAUUCUCCUUAGCGAUUGGUCAAGAUGAACAUGCCCAUCGCCGAUGACAAUACGGUGCACUUCACGUCCACUCUGAUGGCUCUCAUCCGCACCGCUCUGGAGAUCAAACUGGCAUCUGGUCGGUGACCUCUGACCUAAACUCCUUACACACACACAAACACACACACUCCAACCACAAUAAUACGAUAGGAAUAGGGGAAAUGCAAAUCAAUGCAAAACAUAAAUGGAAUAAAACAUUUUUACAAAUAUUAUUAAAAAAGGAGGUAUAUUUUUUAUAUAAAGAAAUAAAGAAUAAUAUGUAAUAAUUCAAAAGAGAGGGUGGCGGCCUAAAAACCUGUCCUGCUAGGUCUGAUGGGUAGUGGUGAGACCAAUGAACUAGAAUGAAUAGAAAGGAGUCCCCAUUCAAGUCAUUGAUGCAAUAAUGAAUUGCAUCUGUGUUUACCAGUCAAAUUGCCAUGGUCAGAGGUUCCAAGUCUAUUCUAUUCAUUCCAUUUCUAUGGGUGGGACAUUAGUGUUUGCUGAGUGAUGAGUGUGGAUGGACGUGAUGUGACAUAUGAGUGUGUCUCCCCUCAGGGGUCCUGGCCCAGCGCCUGUGUGACGCUGACCUGAGGAAGGAGCUCUCCAGAGUCUGGCCCAACCUGCCUCAGAAGACAGUUGACCUGCUGGUCACACCAUAUAAAAGUAAGCGACACUGGUGGUCUGUGUGUGUGUGUGUGUGUGUGUGUGUGUGUGUGUCGGUGCAUACAUGUUUUAUGUUUGUGUUAGAGAGCAUGAAAGAGAUACUGAAAUAGAGAGCAAUAGAGAGAGAGAAGAGAGAGAACUGAGAGAGACAAAAAAGACAGGCAAUAAUCUUCAGAGCACUGAGCUUCACCAAAACCCAGUCAUCCCUUGAGUGAGUUUGUAGGCUCAACUGCCAGGCUGUUUUCUCAUUCUGCUCUUUCUACUGCUCUUCAGUUUACUCUGUGUAUGAGGGAGCUAUGUUUACACACACACACACAUACACACACGGCCUGAUUACAGUACAAUCUCCCUCAUUCUGUCUGCUCCUCCAAUGCCAUCUAGUGGUAGUGGAGAGAAGACAACUAGUGCUUCAACUUUUCAUCUCUCCUUCCUUCCCUCCUUUCAGUUGAUGAGUUCAAUGAGCUCAUAUGCCCCUUUGCGGUUGUAAACCGAGAGCUGACAGUGGGGAAGGUCUAUGCUGCCCUCAUGAUCUUUGACUACUACAAGCAGAACCGGGCCAAGAGACUGGAACAGCAACUAGGACUGGACUUCACAGGGACAAUUAAGGUAGUAUAUGGCCCCAACACAGAGUUGGAAAGAGGGCUCAUCUUUGUCAUAAUUGCUUCUGAGACAGCAUGGGCUGCACCAUUGAGGGCUAUCUCCAUUUCUUCAAAAUGUUGAAAGUCGUCAACGGCGCUUCCCAUGCUAAAACAGGCUUUGUGGCAAGUGAGCCCUCUAUCCAACUCUAUGGGCCCCAAAAAUGCACUCGAGCAUGGGACUGAAUCUCAUGGAUGCUCCUGAGAUAAAUCUACCCAUUCAGACAAAAAGGCAUUGGGUGCUAUGGUGUUCUUUUGGGGACAAAUUAUUAGCGCAUAAUAGGCUCCAAAUCCAUUGAAUUUGUCACUACCUCUACUUGAUUCUGGUGAGAAAAGCUGCUGUGCGGUCCAGAUGACUAGAAAUCUCUCUGUGUCUCCUGCAGAAUAAAAAGGGUGCAGCCUUCUUCCGCCCCAUGAUGCCCAUGACCCAUAUGCAGGAGGAGACGCCAAUCACCACUGCCAAGCCCCCGCCCCCCUCACAACCUGAACCAGAGCCUCAGCCAGAGCCCCCACCCGCCACCACCUCUCUAACCAAUGGGGACACAGUGUGAGUGCCUGCCCAUGUGUUUUUCUUAGCAGAUAUACAGUCUUUGUAUAGAUACACUCAUCAAUAAAAAAUGUAUAGAUACAUGGUAAAUACACUACUGUACACUAGAAGGAAAGCAGGUAGACGUAGUAGUGGUCAAUGUUAAGUGCUUAUCAGAGUCCAAAACAUGUAUGUGUCCUCACAGCAGUGUUCUAGAAUAUUGGACCGUUGGCUUUCAUACUUUUCGAAAUCUCAGCGCGACUCAAGCAAUUUCUUCAACUGUCACCACAUUGAAAUAACAGGAGCCACGUAUGCGUUGGUUGGGAAUUUUGAGGAGGUGCGCGGUCAGGCUGUGCGACCUCCACGGAUGGUUGUCGCAGAGCCGGAUAGAUAUGUCACAAUGUUUGUGUGUGUGUGACCUCAGACCAAGCCCUAGAAGUGCCAUAAAAGAGUCUGUAUCAGGAGACCAGCUGUCUGAGGAGGACCAGCGGUCCAGAAGGAGGACUCCACAGAGGGGCCAGACAGAGGACGUGCCCUACUCCAUCAAACCUCAGGUACUUAGUACAUACAGUACAAGUCAAAAGUUUGGACACACCUACUCAUUCAAGAGUUUUUCUUUAUGUUUUACUAUUUUCUACAUUGUAGAAUAAUAGUAAAGACAUCAAAACUAUGAAAUAACACAUAUGGAAUCAUGUAGUAACCAAGAAAGUGUUAAACAAAUCAAAAUAUAUUUUAUAUUUGAGCUUCUUCAAAGUAGCCACACUUUGCCUUGAUGACAGCUUUGAACACUCAUGGCAUUCUGAGCACUUGUUGGCUGCUUUUCCUUCACUCAAUUGAUAGUCCCACUAAGCGCAAACCAGAUGGGAUGGCGUAUCGCUGCAGGAUGCUGUGGUAGCCAUGCUGGUUAAGUGUGCCUUGAAUUCUAAAUAAAUCACAGACAGUGUCACCAGCAAAGCAACCCCACACCAUCACACCUCCUCCUCCAUGCUUCAUGGUGGGAACCACACAAGCAGAGAUCAUCCGUUCACCUACUCUGCGUCUCACAAAGACACGACGGUUAGAACCAAAAAUCUCAAAUUUGUACUCAUCAGACCAAAGGCCAGAUUUCCACUGGUCUAAAGUCCAUUGCUCGUGUUUCUUGGCCCAAGCAAGUCUCAUCUUCUUAUUGGUGUGCUUUAGUAGUGGUGUCUUUGCAGCAAUUCGUCCAUGAAAGCCUGAUUCAUGCAGUCUCCUCUGAACAGUUGAUGUUGAGAUGUGUCUGUUACUUGAACUCUGUGAAGCAUUUAUUUGGGCUGCAAUUUCUGAGGCCGGUAACUCUAAUUACCUUAUCCUCUGCAGCAGAGGUAACUCUGGGUCUUCCUUUCCUGUGGCGGUCUUCAUGAGAGCCAGUUUCAUCAUAGCGCUUGAUGGUUUUUGCGACUGCACUUGAAGAAACUUUCAAAGUUCUUGAAAUGUUCCGAAUUGACUGACCUUCGUGUCUUAAAGUAAUGAUGGACUGUCGUUUCUCUUUGCUUAUUUGAGCUGUUCUUACCAUAAUAUGGACUUGGUCUUUUAUCAAAUAGGGCUAUCUUCUGUAUACCAACUCUACCUUGUCACAACACAACUGAUUGGCUCAAACACAUUAAGAAGGAAAUACAUUUCACAAAUUAACUUUUAAGAAGGCACACCUGUUAAUUGAAAUGAAUUCCAGGUGACUACCUCAUGAAGUUAAUUGAGAGAAUGCCAAGAGUGUGCAAAGCUGUCAUCAAGGGAAAGGGUGGCUACUUUGAAGAAUCUCAAAUAUAUAAUAUAUUUUGAUUUGUUUAACACUUUUUUGGUUACUACAUGAUUCCAUAUGUGUUAUUUCAUAGUUUUGAUGUCUUCACUAUUAUUCUACAAUGUAGAAAAUAGUACAAAUAAAGAAAAACCCUUGAAUGAGUAGGUGUGUCCAAACUUUUGUCUGGUACUGUAUAUUAUACCAACAAUGUGAAUUACACAAGCAACCACCGUACCAUCAUUCACUCUGGUAUCCACAACUCAACUCAACUAUAUGCAUACCGUGUGUUGUUUCAGGAAUCAGUGGAGAUGAGGCAGGUGGAUAACGAUGCUGAUAUAGAGGGCUACUUUGGGCUGGAGGGCCAUGGCAGAGCAGCCUCCAUGCCUAGACUGGACUCCCAGUACUAUGUAAGUCCUCCAUCACUCACUUCCUUACUGUACCCCUGUACUCUCUCACAUACAGUUGAAGUCGGAAGUUUACAUACACCAUAGCCAAAUACAUUUCAACUCAGUUUUUCACAAUUCCUGACAUUUUUGUUGUUGUUGGGUAGAUCAGCUUAAUAUUGCAGAUAGAUUGUAACAAUUCCUGACAUUUAAUCCUAGUAAAAAUUCCCUGUCUUAGGUCAGUUAUUUACAUUUUAGUCAUUUAGCAGAUGCUCUUAUCCAGAGCAACUUACAGUUGGUGAGUGCAUACAUUUUUCAUACUGGCCCCCCGUGGGAAUCGAACCCACAAUCCUGGCGUUGCAAGCGACAUGCGCAACCAACUGAACUACAGGAGGCCUGUGAUCACCACUUUAUUUUAAGAAUGUGAAAUGUCAGAAUAAUAGUAGAGAGAAUGAUUUAUUUCAGCUUUUAUUUCUUUCAUCACAUUCCCAGUGGGUCAGAAGUUUACAUACACUCAAUUAGUAUUUGGUAGCAUUGCCUUUAAAUUGUUUAACUUGGGUGAAACGUUUCGGGUAGCCUUCCACAAGCUUCCCACAAUAAUUUGGGUGAAUAUUGGCCCAUUCCUCCUGACAGAGCUGGUGUAACUGAGUCAGGUUUGUAGGCCUCCUUGCUCGCACACACUUUUUCAGUCCUGCCCACAAAUGUUCUAUAGGGUUGAGGUCAGGGCUUUGUGAUGGCCACUCCAAUACCUUGACUUUGUUGUGCUUAAGCCAUUUUGCCACAACUUUGGAAGUAUGCUUGGGGUCAUUGUCCAUUUGGAAGACCCAUUUGCGACCAAGCUUUAACUUCCUGACUGAUGUCUUGAGAUGUUGCUUCAAUACAUCCACAUCAUUUUCCUUCCUCAUGAUGCCAUCUAUUUUGUGAAGUGCACCAUUCCCUCCUGCAGCAAAGCCCCCCCACAGCGUGAUGCUGCCACCCCGUGCUUCACGGUUGGGAUGGUGUUCUUCGGCUUGCAAGCGACCCCCUUUUUCCUCCAAACAGAACGAUGGUCAUUAUUGCCAAACAGUUAUAUUUUUGUUUCAUCAGACCAGAGAACAUUUCUCCAAAAAGUACAAUCUUUGUCCCCAUGUGCAGUUGCAAACCGUAGUCUGACUUUUUUUAUGGUGGUUUUGGAGCAGAGGCUUCUUCCUUGCUGAGCAGCCAUUCAGGUUAUGUCGAUAUAGGACUCGUUUUACUGUGGAUAUAGAUACUUUUGUACGUGUUUCCUCCAGCAUCUUCACAAGGUCCUUUGCUGUUGUUCUGGGAUUGAUUUGCACUUUCGCUCCAAAGUACGUUCAUCUCUAGGAGACAGAGCGGGUCUCCUUCCUGAGUGGUAUGACGGCUGCGUGGUCCCAUGGUGUUUAUACUUGCGUACUAUUGUUUGUACAGAUGAACGUGGUACCUUCAGGCAUUUGGAAAUUGCUUCCAAGGAUGAACCAGACUUGUGGAGGUCUACAAUUUUUUUUCUGAGGUCUUGGCUGAUUUCUUUUGAUUUUCCCAUGAUGUCAAGCAAAGAGGCACUGAGUUUGAAGGUAGGCCUUGAAAUACAUCCACAGGUACACCUCCAAUUGACUCAAAUUAUGUCAAUUAGCCCAUCAGAAGCUUCUAAAGCCAUGACAUCAUUUUCUGGAAUUUUCCAAGCUGUUUAAAGGCACAGUCAACUUAGGGUAUGUAAACUUUUGACCCACUGGAAUUGUGAUACAGUGAAUUAAAAGUGAAAUAAUCUGUCUGUAAACAAUUGUUGGAAAAAUUACUUGUGUCAUGCACAAAGUAGAUGUCCUAACCGACUUGCCAAAACUAUAGUUUGUUAACAAGAAAUUUGUGGAGUGGUUGAAAAAUGAGUUUUAAUGACUCCAACCUAAGUGUAUGUAAACUUCCGACUUCAACUGUAGGACCCCACCAGAACCCCGCCAGGGCUGCCGAUGUGGUGCCUGCUCAAAUCAAACAGCAUUAACUUUACAAUUAGGACAAUGUCAGCAUUAGGACAAUGCUAGUUGUAAUGCUAGUAAACAUUAUAUGGGUUUUGAUAUCUAUAGAACGACACAGUUUUUACUAGCAAACUUGACAGUAUUCAAUAAUACUUUCUCAUAUAGUUGGUAAUAGUUCAUGAUGAUAUUAUUAUGAGACACAGUCAGAGAGAAAGGGAUUGGGGAAAGUAGUCGAAGUGAAAGAGAACAUACAGUAGGAUAGAGAAACAGAGUAGGAGAAAGACAGAAUAUAAAGGUAGGUAGCUAGAAAUGAAUUAGUGAAAGCAGCCACAGGCUAACUAAAGCAGAGACACUGUCUGUCAGUGCACAUGAAGUCAUCCUGCUGACCUUAUGUGCAUCUCAAAUGUCAACCUAUUCCAUAUACAGUGUACCACUUUUGACAAGGGCCCAUAGGACUUUUAGUAUGUAGAUAUUAUGUGACAUCUCAUUACAAUAUUUCCUCCUCAAAUCUGAAUGUACAGCCAUUUCCCCAGCAGUACAGUGACCUUUUACAUUACAGUCAUUUAGCAGACACUCUUAUUCAGAGCUAUUUACAGUAGUGAGUGCAUACAUUUUCGUAUUGGUCCCCGGUGGGAGUUGAACCCACAACCUGACGUUUCAAGCACCAUGCUCUACCAACUGAGCCACACGGGAGAAUAUUGUUGACCUGUCUUAACGCAGAGUAUUUUGAAUACUACACAAUAUAAAAUAUUAAUGUUUUAAACAACUGAUGAUAAUCUGAUGGCCACAUUGUGUAAUAUACUUUACUGAUGUACAUUUAUACUUAAUAAUGUAAUAUGCAAAUCUCUCUCUCCUCAAAAGGUUCAGGUGGAAAAGGGUGUAGGAAAUUGCUUAAACCUUAUUAUGAAUAUGCCCCAUCUUCACCAUGCUUUCCUGUUUAUAAAUGUUGAAAACCAUUUCCACUUAUUUUUUGUUAUUCUUUUGACUCAUUUGUCUGUUUUCAUGCUUCACACUAGACUUUUUGUCGACCUUCAUUGUCUCCAUUAUGGUUAUAGUCAAUGUCUUAAAGUUUUUUGUCUGACAUUUACUUUGUGCCUGUCUUUCAUUUUUUUCAUAUUUUCCUCCCUGCUCUUGUGGUGAAUGGAGUCCAGAUUUCUUUCCUCUUGAAGGCCUUUUCCGGACCCUCUUUUCCAGCUGUGUGAUUGGUUUACGUGUCUAACCAUAUGAAUCCUGUCUGUCUUGCUUUGCUGUCUGUCUGUCUUCCCGUCUCCCCAUCCACUCCCAUCCUCUCUUCCCUUUCUCCUCCCUCCUCUCCUCCUUCUCUCCUCCUCUUGAUGCCCAUGGCUAAUGUUGUACCCACCUCCUUCCUGUGUGUGCUGUCUGAUAGCGGAACCACCCUCGCCACCUACCUGGGACCUACCUGGCAGUAUGUACACCUGUUCCACCACACUCUCUCUCUCUCUCUCUCUCUCUCUCUCUCUCUCUCUCUCUCUCUCUCUCUCUCUCUCUCUCUCUCUCUCUCUCUCUCUCUCUCUCUCUCUGUUAUAUCUCUUUCCUUUUCUCUCUCUCAUCCCUCUCUUUCCAUCUCUGUGUUGGCCUCUAUGUGCUCCCUCCAUUCCAGUGAAGAGUUCACACACUCUCACCAUCAGUUUGACACUCUUUAGACAUUAGCUAAAGCCCAUAUUGGUGUGAGUGGUCAAGAUCCAUGUAAUUAUUGUUGAGUGUUUUAGUACUUUACCUCACAUAAAUCCAUGGUACCCUAAACACUAUUUUUUGCUUUCUUGCCAUGAAGUGACGUGAUAUGACCAUUGUGAGAAUGUAUGUUUGUGUGUUGUUUCAGUGGGUGGUAUGUUAAUGUUGCAAUGUAGGCAGGGACAGCACUGCUAUUUUCCUACUUUGACAUAACUGUACUGUUCUCUCUUUCUUUCCAUAUGUUGUUGUUGUGGUUGUUGUGGUUUUUCUUGUACAAACAACUGACUGUAGCUACUGGCCAGGACUGUGUGAAAGGAAAUCUUGGAACAAGGUCAAUGGAGCGUAUACCUCAAGAAUCAAUUUGGUUAUGAUCUACAAUAUCACUCAGUUGACUUACCGAUUCAACAAUGAAUUAAGAACUAAACUUGAAAAGGACGGUUAUAUGGGAAUACAUGCAUUCCGUUUCCAGGAGACUACUCUUGGCAUUAUGGGUCAACUGUGGUAGGGUGUCACACAGGCUGUUACCACCAGAGGGAGUAAUAAUGUAGCUAGAGUUCCAGCCUGUCAUCUCACUUCCUUUAUUUACCUCCAGUCCAGGCAGAGCCAUUCGGUCAGAUAAGAAUCCGGUUGGGUGGAGGCAUUUCCUAUUAAGCAACUACAGUAUCACCCUGAUGUUCAGUAUUGAAGGGGUUUAUUAAUAAGUGUAAGUAUGAACUACUAAUGGACCACAUUCUUUAAUAGAUGCUGUCAAUGCAUUCAUUUCCGUCUGUCUUAAACUUCUCAAUGUUCUCUUUUGCCAUGGUAAUUUCACUGCGUCAUCAGGCUUCUUCCAAACACAUACAACUCAGAGGCUGUCAAGGUGUGAAGUACUUAAUGGGAAAUGUCAACACCCUGCUUAUUCUUAGUUCACUAGCAGUGUCUUCUGCAGGCUUAUGACAAGUUUUAACAACUUGGGACAAACAUUAUGUACACCCAACCCCAAAUCAGACCCUACCUCUUACCCCCUAUGCACCUGUGUGUAUAAAAAAAAUGGAUAGAUUUAGACAGAAUGGUAAAUAUGGUAUGGUGCCAGUAUGUUGCCUCUUAGCAUGCCAGAGGCUAGCUCUGAUCCAGGUCAUUGCAUGCAUCAUGCUGACACUGAGCCUUCCUAUAACGUCAGCAAGCCGCACAUAAUGCCCUGGACCAGAGCUGGCCAGAGGCAAGGUAGAGCCAUUACCAUAUCAUUACCAUAUUGAUUAUACCCUAGGGCAGGGUUCUUCAAUUCCGGUCCUGGAGGGCCGAAACACUUCUGUUUUUUAUUUCUACCUGGUAGUUAAUUGCACUCACCUGGUGUCCCAGGUCUGAAUUAGCCCCUGAUGAAAAACAGAGGUGUUUCGGCCCUCCAGGACCGGAAUUGAAGAACCCUUCCCUAGGGAAAGGGGCAAAUGGGUUGAUUUGGGAUUGGGCGGUGGUAUGCCAAUCAUUAGUGAUGCGUUCAAGAUUAACUGUAGUGAGUAUUGAAAUCGCUCAGUGUUUCAGUCAGAAAUGUCUCCUCAACAUCUGUGUCUGAAGAGGUUGAGCGUCGGUCUCAAGCCCAGAGAUUCGUACCUCCUCGUCUGUACUGUGUCAACUGUCUAGUGAACAGUUUGAUGCUUGAUGCUCCAGUCCAGUGGUGAUUUGGUUGUGCUGUAUUCUAUAACACUCUAAUGCUACACUACUAUGGUAGCUAGCCCUCCAUCUUGUAUUCCUCCACUCACCAUUCUUUGCCUUUGCUCGCUCCUCUCAGCCUAUCGCUGACAUCAGUCCUAUCAGGCGGUCGGCGUCCACGUUAGCUUCCCAGCGCCCCCAGGAGGUGAGUCUGAGGGACUACACCCUGGAGAGGCCUAGCCAGGCCCAGGCCCAGUCGUCCUCAGCCCCAGGCCAGGCUCAGGAUAGGCCCUACCACCAUCACCACCACCACCGCUGUCACAGACGCAGGGACAAGGACAGGGACAAGAAGCAGAAGUCACUCGACAGGGCAUCCAGCGUGCAGCCUUCUAGUACAGCAGGUGAGAGGGGGUACACACGAUACAUGCAUGUGCAGACACACACAUUAGCAACGUGCAUGCCCCACCCACCUCAGGAUUCCCCUCUCUCCAGCCAUUACUUCCCUGUUUUUGUGGGGUGAAAAUUCACUUGUCACGUAAUUGUUGCUGAAUCGAUUUAUUUCCAACUCUUGCUUGUACAAAGCAUAUUUUUUUCUUAUACAUGGUCGCCACUGAAUGUUGACUAUGCAAGAGGAUUUGACAAAAACAAUCAUGAAUAUGAGUGAAAUCUAUGGUGAAAUAUAUGAGAGAUUGGUGGAUUGUGAGCGUGCGGUACCUUAGAAAGAUGCUGGUUGCAUAAAGAUUAAUUUAUACUCAAGUGUACAUGCAAAUUAUACACAAUAAAAUGUUAUUAUUAUAUCAAUAUAAUAACAAAACACCUAAAUAAGCCAUAUAUGGCUUAAAUAUGUUAGCAUGGGUCCUUUCAUACAAGAUCAAAAUGUACAUUUGACAUAAAGUUGAAAUGUGAAUUCCCACCAAAACUGGUGUAUUACAUUGACUUUAUGUCUGUCAUUAAACAAUUGUCUAUGAGCUAUAAUUCAGUCAAUAUUUAAUGGAUUUUUAUUCAUUCAAAAAGGGUUGAGUAUCUCACUCCAUUAUGCAGCUGUUACAUGUAUCAGAAUUGUAUUUUUGUCCUUUUAUAAAUACAUUUUGAAGACCGUUGCUUUACUAGAGUCACGCAUAGCUUACACACGCUCACACACACACACACACACACACACACAGUUUCACACAUACAGUACCAGUCAAAAGUUUGGACACACUUACUCAUUCAAGGAUUUUCUUUAUUUUUACUAUGUUUUACAUUGUAGAAUAAUAGUGAAGACAUCAAAACUAUGAAAUAACACAUAUGGAAUCAUGUAGUAACCCAAAAAGUGUUAAACAAAUCAAAAUAUAUUUUAUAUUUGAGAUUCUUCAAAUAGCUACCCUUUGCCUUGAUGACAGCUUUGCACACUCUUGGCAUUUUUUCAACCAGAUUCAUGAGGUAGUCACCUGGAAUGCAUUUCAAUUGGCUUCUUAAAAGUUAAUUUGUGCAAUUUCUUUCCUUCUUAACGUGUUUGAGCCAAUCAGUUGUGUUGUGACAAGGUAGGGGGGGGGGGGGGGGUAUACAGAAGAUAACCCUAUUUGGUAAAAGACCAAGUCCAUAUUAUGGCAAAAACAGCUCAAAUAAGCAAAGAGAAACGACAGUCCAUCAUAACUUUAAGACAUGAAGGUCAGUCAAUUCGGAACAUUUCAAGAACUUUUAAAGUUUCUUCAAGUGCAGUCGCAAAAACCAUCAAGGGCUAUGAUGAAACUGGCUCUCAUGAGGACCACCACAGGAAUGGAAGACCCAGAGUUACCUCUGCUGCAGAGGAUAAGUUCAUUAGAGUUACCAGCCUCAGAAAUUGCAGCCCAAAUAAAUGCUUCACAGAGUUCAAGUCACAGACACAUCUCAACAUCAACUGUUCAGAGGGGACUGUGUGAAUCAGGCCUUCAUGGUCGAAUUGCUGCAAAAAAAAAAACAUUAUUAAAGGACCCCAAUUAGAAGGAGAGACCUGCUUGGGCCAAGAAAUACGAGCAAUGGAUAUUAGACAGGUGGAAAUGUGUGCUUUGGUCUGGAGUCCAAAUUGGAGAUUUUUGGUUCCAACCGCUGUGUCUUUGUGAGACGCAGUGUGGGUGAACAGAUGAUCUUCGCAUGUGUAGUUCCCAUCGUAAAGCAUGGAGGAGGAGGUGUUAUGGUGUGGGGGUGCUUUGCUGGUGACACUUUCGGUGAUUUACACCAGCAUGGCUACCACAGCAUUCUGGAGCGAUACGCCAUCCCUUCUGGUUUGGGCUUAGUGGGACUAUCAUUUGUUUUUCAACAGGACAAUGACCCAACACACCUCCAGGCUGUGUAAGAGCUAUUUUACCAAGAAGGAGAGUGAUGGAGUGCUGCAUCAGAUGACCUGUCCUCCACAAUCCCCCGACCUCAACCCAAUUGAGGUGGUUUGGGAUGAGUCGGACGGCAGAGUGAAGGAAAAGCAGCCAACAAGUGCUAAGCAUAUGUGGGAACUCCUUCAAGACUGUUGUAAAAGCAUUCCAGGUGAAGCUAGUUGAGAGAAUGCCAAGAGUGUGCAAAGCUGUCAUCAAGGCAAAGGGUGGCUAUUUGAAAAAUCUCAAAUAUAAAAUAUAUUUUGAUUUGUUUAACACUUUUAUGGUGACUACAUGAUUCCAUAUGUGUUAUUGUAUAGUUUUGAUGUCUUCACUAUUAUUCUACAAUGUAGAAAAUAGUAAAAACAAAGAAAAACCCUUGAAUGAGUAGGUGUGUCCAAACUUUUGACUGGUACUGUAUGUGUUCACAUGUUCACAUGCAUACUUACGCUCAUGCAGCAACAUACACAGACUGAAAGAUAUCUCACUAUGGAACCCAUACAACAUAUGUUGUUGAACUAUGAAUUCAUGCAGAAAUAGAGUAAGGAAACCUUUUAUUCUCAGAGGCAGAGAGACCUAGAGCCUUGGCUCUUGUUCCAAAUCGCUUGGAUGCUUUUGCAUAGUGGCAGAAAUUCUGUAUCGGAUUAAGGGCCUGUGAUCGGGUUAUGAAGGAAAGAGGUUUCUGUUGCGUUUAACAAAAAGUUUGAGCCAGGGAUUUUGCGUGUCAUGCUUUCCAUCUGACUAAGAAAGAGAUUUAUGAGCUCCCCGAGGAAAAUCUGCUUUGUGGGGAUUAGAUUUUUUUUAUUUGUAUUCGCCGUUCCCCUUUGUACUAUAACCUCAAAAGCGGUAGUUAUAAAAUUGGCUAAGCUGCUCCAAUAGUAUCUCCCCUUAUGGGCGACGGGGCAGCCACUACGAUGGGAAAUUAGCCAGUCUCAUGUACAGGCUACGACUGAGUGAGGCUAAAGCUCCCUUUUACUUCUAGUCGAGAUUAUCUCAGGCAGCCUGAGCCCCAUGGAACAGCGGCUUCAGCAGCCAAGAGUUGUGUGGGUUUAGUUCGUUUUCUCACAUAGGUUAAAGGUCAUCAGUACACACAUACACACACACCCAUACUGACCUAUUGUACCUCAUACACACCCACACAGAUACUCUACCAUUCCACAUGGCUCGGAAUCCAUAAUGACACCCCUAAAUCCCUGUUUGCUCUGUAUGAGCUAGAAGCGCAAGCAUUUCGCUACACCUGCAAUAACAUCUGCUAAACACACAUGAGGGUGGGAACAGACAGCCCAUCUCAGUAUGGAGCGCAGUUCACAAUGCAUGUAGACCUAUCAUCUCAUCAUUUCUUGUGAUAGGUAGGCCUACAUUUGCUGCAACAUAGCCUAUGCUACAGUAAUAUAAAGCCAAAUGCGCGUCUAAUUUACCCAUCUCCAUCUGGCUUUCACCUCAUUUUUUUAUUUUAAAGAUAUAUAUAUUUUUUUAGUGCAGCUGCAGAGUUUUAAAACAGCCUCUCACUCAAAUAUCGUUGUUUUAAAUCAGUGCACGCGUGAGCACUCUCUGAGUGCUAUUCAAUGCACAGACCAUCUUCCUUUUUCCACAUUUUGUUACGCUACAGCCUUAUUCUAAAAUGGAUAAAAAAUAUGUUUAUCAUAAAUCUACACACAAUACCCUAUAAUGACAAAGUGAAAACAGGUUUUAAGAAAUCUUAGCAAAUAUAUUACAAAUAAAAAACUGAAAAAUCUUAUUUACAUAAGUAUUCAGACCCUUUGCUAAGAGACUCGAAAUUUAGCUCAGGUGCUUCCUGUUUCCAUUGAUCAUCAUUGAGAUGUUUCUACAAAUUUAUUGGAGUCCACCUGUGGUAAAUUCAAUUGAUUGAAAAUUAUUUGGAAAGGCACACACCUGUCUAUUCUACAGUUGACAGUGCAUGUCAGAGCAAAAACCAAGCAAUGAGGUCGAAGGAAUUGUCCGUAGAGCUCCGAGACAGGAUUGUGUCGAGGCACAGAUCUGGGGAAGGGUACCAAAAAAUGUCUGCAGCAUUGAAGGUCCCCAAGAACACAGUGGCCUCCUUCAUUCUUAAAUGGAAGGGAGGUGACCAAGAACCCGAUGGUCACUCUGACAGAGCUUCGGAGUUCCUCUGUGGAGAUGGGAGAACCUUCCAGAAGGACAACCAUCUCUGCAGCACUACACCAAUCAGGCCUUUAUGGUAGAGUGGCCAGAUCGAAGCCACUCCUCAGUAAAAGGCACAUGACAGCCCGCUUGGAGUUUGCCAAAAGGCACCUAAAGGACUAUCAGACCAUGAGAAAGAAGAUUCUCUGGUCUGAUGAAACCAAGAUUCAACUCUUUGGCCUGAAUGCCAAGCGUCACGUCUGGAGGAAACCUGGCACCAUUCCUACGGUGAAGCAUGGUGGUGGCAGCACCAUGCUGUGGGGAUGUUUUUCAGUGGCAGGGACUGGGAGACAAGUCAGGAUCGAAGGAAAGAUGAACGGAGCAAAGUACAGAGAGAUCCUUGAUGAAAACCUGCUCCAGAACGCUCAGGGACUCAGACUAGGACGAAGAUUCACUUUCCAACUGGACAACGACCCUAAGCACACAGCCAAGACAAUGCAGGUGUGGCUUCGGGACAAGUCUCUGAAUUUCCUUGAGUGGCCCAGCCAGAGCCCAGACUUGAACCCGAUCGAACAUCUCUGGAGAGACCUGAAAAUAGCUCUGCAGCGACACUCCCCAACCAACCUGACAGAGCUUGAGAGGAUCUGCAGAGAAGAAUGGGAGAAACUCCCCAAAUACAGGUGUGGCAAGCUUGUAGCGUCAUAGCCAAGAAGACUCAAGGCUGUAAUCACUGCCAAAGGCGCUUCCACAAAAUACUGAGUAAAUGGUCUGAAUACUUACUUUAUGUAAAUGUAUAUUUAAAAAAAACUGUUUUUGCUUUGUCAUUAUGGGGUAUUGUGUAUAGAUUUAAUCAGUUUUAGAAUAAGGCUGUAACGUAACAAAAUGUGGAAAAAGUCAAGCGGUCUGAAUACUUUCCGAAUGCACUGUAUAGCCCUAUAUAUAGAUGUCCUAGACUACCUCUUUCAGGUAUUAAAUUCAAUGCAGUAUUAGCUUUAUUUUUAGCUAAUUAAUGAUGGGUUAUGCAUACAUAUAUUUUUUGCAUUUCUUAUACCAGUAGACUAUUCGAAGUAGCAUGCAAGCUAUUAUUUGCUGAAUGUUAAAUACAGCAGCCGAUAGAAUUCAUGGGUAGUGAAAGCCUUCUGCAUCUAAUUCUAGUCCUAUAAUAUUCAAGGAGGUCAUUAGAGUGAUGAAAUAUAAGGACAAUGAAACAUAUUCAUUUAACUAUUGAAAGCAAGGAAGGAAUGAACCAACAAUAAAGAAAGAGGAGGUAGGCUAAUAACAUUAGGGGAAAUAUAAUGUUAGGUGUAUAUAUACUGUAUAUGCGUCAGCCUACUAAUUAUACAAAUAGGCCCUAUUAUAUUUCAAAAUUAAAAUCAAAUUCGCUAGCCUAUAAUUGUAACUUUGUAGGCCGCAUGUGCUGUCCCAGAGUCUCAUGUUCUCUCCCUGCUUUAUCAUGGUUUGAAAGAUGUGCGUAAUUCCAGUCUAUAAAAUACACUAUAAUACAAUACAGUACAGUAAUACAGUUGACGCUCAAAAAGAUUAGCCUACUGGUGCUAGUUUCAUUUAUUUACCCAAGAGAGCAUAUGGCAAGCUACAUCUAUCGGAUGUUAUGUUUUUCUGUCGUGCAUAAUGUGCAGUAGCCGAUAUCAUACACUACCAUUCAAAAGUUUGGGGUCACUUAGAAAUGUCCUUGUUUUCCAUGAAAACAUACAUGAAAUUAGUUUGAAUAGGAAAUAUAGUAAAAUGCAUAGGAAGUGUAGUCAUUGACAAGGUUAGAAAUAAUUAUUUUUAAUUGAAAUAACUGUGUCCUUCAAACUUUGCUUUCGUCAAAGAAUCCUCCAUUUGCAGUAAUUACAGCCUUGCAGGCCUUUGGCAUUCUAGUUGUCAAUUUGUUGAGGUAAUCUGAAGAGAUUUCACCCCAUGCUUCCUGAAGCACCUCCCACAAAUUGGAUUGGCUUGAUGGGCACUUCUUACGGUCAAGCUGCUCCCACAACAGCUCAAUAGGGUUGAGAUCCGGUGACUGUGCUGGCCACUCCAUUAUAGACAGAAUACCAGCUGACUGCUUCUUCCCUAAAUAGUUAUUGCAUAGUUUGGAGCUGUGCUUUGGGCCAUUGUCCUGUUGUAGGAGGAAACUGGCUCCAAUCAAGCGCCGUCCACAGGGUAUGGCAUGGUGUUGCGAAAUGGAGUGCUAGCCUUCCUUCUUCAAGAUCCCAUUUACCCUGUACAAAUCUCCCACUUUACCACCACCAAAGCACCCCCAGACCAUCACAUUGCCUCCACCAUGCUUGACAGAUGGCAUCAAGCACUCCUCCAGCAUCUUUUCAUUUGGUCUGCGUCUCACAAAUGUUCUUCUUUGUGAUCCAAACACCUCAAACUUCGAUUCGUCUGUCCAUAACACUUUUUUCCAAUCUUCCUCUAUCCAGUGUCUGUGUUAUUUUGCUGCCUAGAAUGUCAGCAUCCCGGAGUCGCCUCUUCACUAUUGACAUUGAGACUGGUGUUUUGCGGGUACUAUUUAAUGAAGCUGCCAGUUGAGGACCUGUGAGGCAUCUGUUUCUCAAACUAGACACUAAUGUAUUUGUUCUCUUGCUCAGUUGUGCACCAGGUCCUCCCACUCCUCUUUCUAUUCUGGUUAGAGCCAGUUUGCGCUGUUCUGUGAAGGGAGUAGUACACAGCGUUGUACGAGAUCUUCAGUUUCUUGGCAAUUUCCUGCAUGGAAUAGCCUUCAUUUCUCAGAACAAGAAUAGACUGACGAGUUUCAGAAGAAAGUUAUUUAUUUCUGACCAUUUUGAGCCUGUAAUCGAACCCACAAUUGCUGAUGCUCCAGAGACUCAACUAGUCUCAAGAAAGCUAGUUUUAUUGCUUAUUUAAUCAGCACAACAGUUUUCAGCUGUGCUAGCAUAAUUGCAAAAUAGUUUUAUAAUGAUCAAUUAGCCUUUUAAAAUGAUAAACUUGGAUUAGCAAACACAAUGUGCCAUUGGAACACAGGACUGAUGAUUGCUGAUAAUGGGCCUCUGUACGCCUAUGUAGAUAUUCCAUUCAAAAUCAGCCGUUUCCAGCUACAAUAGCCAUUUACAACAUUAACAAUGUCUACACUGUAUUUCUGAUCAAUCUGAUGUUAUUUUAAUGGACAAAAAAAUUGCUUUUCUUUCGAAAACAAGGACAUUUCUAAGUGACCCCAAACUUUUGAACGGUAGUGUAUAUGUAUUAGAUAAUGACACAAUCAUUUGGGCUUGUGCUCAUUAAAUGCCUUUAUUGUAGGGCUCAUAAAAUGUAUUUAAUGUAUGGCUCAUCAGGCUCAGGUAGCAUCAGGCUUGUAUUUUCGAUCAAAGCUCUAAUCAAAUCCAAACAUAGGCCUAUUUCUGUGCUUUAUAAUACUUUUGAAUGACACUUCGGGUUUUGGCGGAAAAUACUGGGUUACCCGGAAGAAAAGUGAUUUAUUCUCGGGAUUGAACAUUUGUAAAAUACCAGGAAAAUAUUAAACCCUAGUGUCCACUGGUGGCCACACAGAGUUCAUCUGCAAUAGAGAUCAGGCCGUGGUCGUGGUCUGGUGGAGCGUAUUUGUGCCUGGGGUGCAGGGUGUUUUUUGUGUUGGCGUUGGAGGGCAGCAGCAGCUGGGCUUUAUUGAUGCAGAUAAAAGGCCCCAGUGGACAGGCCCAGUCAGGGGGAUUUAUGGACACCUCUUGGCAGGGCAACAGAAAACCCAGAGAGGAGACGGAGAGAGGGUGAGGGAGAGAGGAAAGAAGAGAGGGAAGGAGGGAGAGCAAUAGACAGACGGAGGAUGAGAAAGAGAGAGAGUUACAUUUCUCUGGGCCAGACACACCAGGACAGGGCUCUGACACAUUAAGAGUGAAAAACAGCCACUUAAAGCUGUUUUGUUCUGACAUUGUGGUUUUCAUCAGAGCAUAGAUUUUUUGAAGGAAAUUGAAAGUUCAGCAGAAAUCACUUCCUGAUGUUUUGGCUUCAUGCAUUAUAUUUGGUCUGAGGGAUGCACACCCACAUGCACAUAAAUAUACUCCACAAGACUGUAGGUUACGUCAGUCCCUAAUCCUGUGUGUGUGUGUGUAUCUGUGUGUCUGUGUAUGUGUAUGUCGGCCUCAGGUUUGCCUGCUGACCCUGUCGUGGAGGGCUUGUCCAGGGAGCGGGCAAGGGAGCGUGACCGUGGCAGGCCUCAGGAGAGGAGGCAUCACUCUGCUGCCGGGGAGAAGCAGCGCUACUACUCCUGUGAGCGCUACGGAGGCAGGGAACACUACCACACCAAGUCAGCCGGCCCGAGCCGCUCCACCUCCCCUGGAGAGACCCACGACCUAGGCCUCUUCAAGCAGGUGAGUGGCCCUGGAGCUUUGGGUUUUAGGGGGAGAUGUUAGUGCUGCUUUAGGUUGAGAUGAUUCAGGUUAGUGUGGCCAGUAUCCCGUCCAUCCCUUCCUCUCUACUACUCUCUGAUUUGUUUACUGUCUCUUGCAGUGUAUCGGCAUGGCUAAAGGCAGCCAAGUGGUCUUAACCUCAGCGUCCAGCACGCCCUGCCGUGGGCGCAGACAGCUCCCCCAGACCCCCCUCACACCCCGCCCCGCCGUGGCCUACAAGACCGCCAACUCCUCACCCAUGCAGUUUGGUGCCACAGGGCAAAAGUCCCGUCUCAGCCGUGGCCUCUCGGAGCAUAGCGCCCUGCUGGAGUCACCCUCCAUGCCCGUCACCCACAUCAGCUCAGACCCCAACCUGAGCCCCCAGCCGCGGGGUGCCCCUCCACGCAGCCUCCCUGAGGAGCCUGAUGACUUCCAGGACGCUGUGAGCACCCAUGGAGGGGGAGGUGGCCGCUCCCCCAGGACCUCUGCCUCAGCCUCCCAUGGGGCUACUGAGCCUUCCUCUGCAUCUGCCCCACAGGGCCGGGCUGGGGUCCCAAACGGGUACCACUUCACUCUGGGGAUCAACGCCGGUUCGAGUUCUAACACCAGAGGAACUGGGAGCUUCCGGGAGAAAGAAGAGGAUGACUGGUGCUAG